AGCAAAUGCACUCAGUGACCCUUUAUAAAUACUCACACUGCGAAGCUACAUUCUCUCAACCCAACAAUAAAAACAAAAGAACUAAGAGAAAAUCAGACUCAGACCCUCCUCUGAUUCUUUCCUCAUCGACGCCGAUGGAUUCACUUACUAGUACCCAAAAAGCUAAACCAAGAAAGAUGAAGGCUGUUGUAAAGAAGUCUCGAGUUCAAAUACUCUUAGAUUUGUUUUACCGGGUAAUCCAAAUAACUAUGGUUAUGGUUACAGUAGCCAAGCUCUGUUACCAACUAGUCAUCAUGUUCGAGGACUCUGGUCUCACACGUUUCCUCAUCAACCGCCAUCUUGCUUUCGUCUUGGGGAACGCGAUAGUCAUCACUAUAGUCGCCAAAUGUGGUCUCUUUGUGGGUCAAGAACCAGAUGCACGGAGAAACAGCAAUGAUUUUUACGACGAGUUUGUUCGAGAGAGCUCAAGAAAAGAACAGAGUUUACAUACAGAUAUGGUAUGCAGAGAAAGCGAGGCAAAACAGAGCACUGAAGAUAAGGGAGAGAAACAGAAAAAGACGGAUAACAGUGCGAAACAGAGCUCUGGCGAGGAGAAUAGCAAGAAGGACGUAACUGUGAAGAGACAAAGACAAAUCAUUACCCAAAAACAGGAAAGUCCAAAGAAGAGUUACGAAAGGAGUCGGUCAGAGAAGCUCGAGGGCUCGAAGAAGAGUUCUUGUGGAAGGUUGAAGAGAUCGGAGACUGAGAGGCCUGCUGAUGAUUCUGAUGAUGAACUCCGAUACAAGAUCGAGUCUUUCAUUGCGAGACAGAGGAGGAACCAAAAGGAUGAAGAGUUUUGUAUUGUUUAGAUGUAAAGAAAAAAAAAAGCAAAGAAAAAAGAAAAAUAAGGAAAAACUUUAGUUUAUGCAAUAACAUUCACAUAUAUUUUGCGUGUUUGUAAAUAUACGGGUAAAAAUAUUUUAAAGCCCGAGCAUAAAAUGUUGUUUAGCUUUUCUUUUUA